AUGGCACUGUUGGCAAAGACAAUCGCAAUCACCGGGGCAGCGUCCGGCAUCGGGCGCAUGACCACCAUCUGCCUCGCUGGACAGGGCGCCAAUCUUUCCAUCGCCGACCUGGACCUCGACAAGUUGCAAGAAGUGGCGGCCGAAGUGAAGCGACAGCAUCCCGACUGCGCCGUCAUGUGCACGGCUCUCGAUAGGUUCGGGCUGCUCGACGGCGCCGUCAACCUCGCCGGCGUGCUGCGACAAGGCCUGGUGAGCGACUUUGCCCUCGACGACUGGCGGCUGGUGCUCGAUGUCAACCUCACCGGGGUCGUUAUCUGCACCAAAGCUCAAGUUCGGUCCAUGAACGACGGCGGCAGCAUCGUCAACGCCUCCAGUAGGGCGGGACUCCACGGCACGGCCAAUUACGCCGCCUACUGUGCCAGCAAGCACGGGGUCAUUGGUCUGACCAAGGCGGUCGCACAGGAAGUCGGAGCAAAGGGGAUCCGCGCCAACUACCCCCUCCCAGAGGGGAAAAACGAACACUUACUGACUGUUGGGUCCGUUCCUGCUAGAGGUGUCAUUGACACCCCCAUGACGGCCGCUUUUGAAGGCGUGCCCCCAGACCAGAUCAUCCAACGAAAAGGCCGACCGGACGAGAUCGCCUCCCUGAUAGCAUAUCUCCUUGGAGAUCAAAGCAGGUUCAUCACAGCCAGUGCAAUCACCAUCGACGGCGGUUUGCCGUGA